AUUUAUAAAUGUAAGCCAAAUUGAAACAAAGAGUUUCAUGACUCAAAAGAAGUUUAAGGUUGAGAGCACAGAUUUUACAUUUGUUGCCAAAGUCCCAUAGUGCCUCAUGCAGUGGGGCACUUCUGAAUUUUCAGGAGAUAUGAGGCAACCUUGGAAUAAGGCCCUGUUCUCUGGAAAUGAAGUUGCACUUUUCAUCUGCUUAAAAAAUGUUCUGAAAGAAUGAACUGUUUACUGCAUUCAAAGGGUCUUAUUCAGAGGAUAGGAACAUCCUGUGUCAUUUUGCUUGCCAGAUUAUUUCUGCGUUUCAGAAAUCUGCAGUGCAGGGUUUCUGCAGUGCAAAGGUUGUAAAAGGCAAAUACUGCAGUGCUGUGGGUAGGAAACAACAAACUUGAUGAGAUCUUCUUCCAGAACCUCAGAGACAUAUCAGAAAUUAAAUUUAAAUGGGUAUUUUUCAUAUUCUCUGUGGAGAGGGAGAAAGAUGUGAAGACCUUGGUGUUACAGAGAUGGAAGGGAUCAAGGAGUGAACGAGCAUGGGUUUCACAUGCUUUGUGUGCUUUCAGAGUCCAGAUCUGUGGGGAAUGAUGCUUGUGCUGAUGCUCUGCUUGUGAUGUCUGGCUAGAGGGUUGCUCAGUAUAGAUUUGGAAGGUAAUGGGCAAAGAUGGCUCAUUGCCCAGAAUGUCUCACACAAAGGCUGGCAGCAGUUUGCCAUUCUAGUUUCUGCAGCCUUGCCAUGGUGUUGGCUGAGAGAAGAAGCCAGGAUGUCUGUGGGGAUCCCUGAAGUACUUUGGAAUGCUAGAGUGAGUGCAGCUACUUGCACUUGCAGGUGAAGGAGCAAAGAACCAGACUACUAUCUAGGUAAAGGCCUACAUGAAAAACCUAUUUUUUAAAAUAAAAGGUAUUUCAGUGUGUCACGGUAAUGAAGGUAGUGGAUUAAAAUGAAAAAUCCAGCAGGUGAACUGUGAUAAUACAGCCUCUCAAGAGAUGUGAAUCUGCUUUUCAUUUGUAUUUGAAAAGGAAGCCCCUCAAGCCUUCCCUUGCUGGGAAUAAGGAAAUUCCUUUUCCUGCUUUCUUUCCACAGAGUUGGAAGUAAGCAGAGGUGAUACAUAGAAACAGCCUUGGAAUGUAAUCUGAAAGGAAGUUUCACAGGCAGCAUGCCUUUCUUGAUUAAAAACUGUGUGCCAACCUUCUUCCUGGAGUAAUCAACGACAUUUAAAAUGAGUAGGUGCAAAAGAUUAAGCUUUGGGUCAUGCAGGAAUGAAGAAAAAGCCUUUUGAACCAAGGAAGGAGAGAGUGAAACAAGAAUAUGGGAGGUCAGGUGGUUUUUUAGUUUGCUUGUUUAUUCCUGUUGUUUUCUGUAUUAUUUUUUAACUCAAACUUCAAUAAGGCACAGCCAAGAAAGAACCUUUCUGUGGAGUAAUAGUUUAAUUGUUUCUAAGCUCCAUGUAUUCCCCAAACCUUGUGGCCCUUUGAGAUUGUUAGCAGAGCAGUGGGUGGCAGAGUAGUCAGUGUGUAUCUGGCCUGGCAGUUGUUGCUUUCUUGUUUGAUUUGCUCCCUGGAGCGGGGAGAGCAACUGCUUAUAGGGCGGAGAACAAGGGAGAGGGGCCUCUGCAUCUUUUCUGUGCUAUUGGCUGCUUUUGUUUUCCCGCAUCCAAGAGACUUGGGCUUUGGAGACAAGCCAUUCAACAUCCUGUUUUCACAGAGUUUGUUUCUGUUAGUCCCAGUCUCUUCUCCUUUCUUCUGAUUGCAGAGUUGCUGCAGUAGCACCAAGAGGCCUUGGCAGCAGGUUCUGGUGCUAUUCUGAGAUGUCAGCCAGCCCUGAAGGAGGAAGCAGUAUGAUGUUCUGCACUUCUGUCUUGUCCAGGAGUCCUGCGUAUAGAUUCCAGAUAAACAAGAGCCUAUGAGAACUUUCACCUCCCUCCCUCACAGAUGGAAGGCUCCAAGGAAAAAAUCAUCCUGAAUAUUGGGGGAGUCAAAUAUGAGACAUACAGGAGCACCCUCCAGACGUUCCCAGGGACCAAGCUUUGCAGCCUAACAGAGCCUGAUGCCCCAAGCAUUUAUGACUAUGAUCCCACCACCAAAGAGUUCUUUUUUGAUAGGAGUGCUGAGGUCUUCAGCUAUGUGUUAAACUACUAUAGGACCAAACAUUUCCACUGCCCUGUUAAUACCUGUAGGUCAGUCUUAGAAGAAGAGCUGGCUUUCUGGGAAAUACAGGAGACACAGCUAUCAUCCUGCUGCUGGCUGAAGCUGAAUAACGAAGAGGUGCAGCCAGAGGAGUUUAACAUUUGGGAUGAAAAUGAGCAGAUUGAUGACGAGUGCCUCAUAGUCCAGACAGAAAGAAGCAGUUCCAACUGGCGAACCAGGUGGCAGCCAAAGAUUUGGUCUAUAUUUGAAAAACCCUUUUCGUCUUUCAGUGCUAAGUGCUUGGCUUUUGUUUCUCUGCUGUUCAUCGUGGGAAUCGUCAUCAUAUUCUGUGAGGAGACCAAGGCACAGUUUGAGUUCUUUACUGCUAACUUUACCUCUGUUGGCUCAUCUGAGGUUUCCCAUGACAACCAUGAACCCUUUUACCACCAGGCUGCCUACUUGCUUCAUCUGGAGCUUUUCUGUGUCCUCUGGUUUACUUUUGAGUUCUCUGUGCGAUUUUGUUUCUGCCCAGACAAGAAGUUGUUCUUCCAAAAUCCCCUCAAUGUGGUUGACUUCCUCUCCCUCUUCCCAGUUUACAUUGAGCUCUUUGUGGCUCAGAAGAUUCAGAGAAUGCCAAGCUUGGGGCUUUGGUUGGGUUUUGUUCGCAUUGUCUAUCUCCUCAAACUCCUGAAGAUAUCCAAGCUGAUAGAAACACCAGUGAUCCUCAGGGUUCUGUGCUACACCCUCAAGUCUAUCCUUAGAGAGAUUUGCAUCCUGCUGAUGAUUUUGGCCUUUGAGACCCUCUUCUUUGGGUCUCUCUUUUUCUAUGGGGAGUUGCUGGGUAUCCAUCCCCCCUUCACAGGGGAGCUGCACUUCACUGACAUUCUUGUGUGCUUCUGGUGGGCUUUGAUCACACUCACUACGGUGGGCUAUGGAGAUAUUGUCCCUGUCACUACAGCUGGCCAAGUGAUGGCAGCCUUAGCUGCAGUAUUUGGCAUGUUAACUAUGAUCAUUCCAAUACCCAUUUUCCUGGUGAAAUUUAAAAGCUAUUAUGACGUUGCUAUCUUCAAACAGAAGGUUAAAAGGAGCAAGAAACAUUAGCACUUCAGAACCUCUGUUCCCCUCUGCCUUUAGCAACAAGCCUUCAGCAUGGUUUCUUUCCUUUGGUGGGAAGGAAAUGCAAAUAGUUCUUACUGCAUUAACUUGCUGCCUCAACAGAUUCCAAACCAUUGCUGAGGCCUCAGGUUGCAGCACUUGAUACACAACUGAUCAGACCUGUUGAAUCCUAUGGGCCUUUCCCAUGUUGUGCUUCAUCGCAUGCUCUUUGACGUACCACAGUUGCUCAUACUGCUGUUCAGAGACCAGCUGUGGUGCUGCGUUAUAGCCUGGUUGUGCACCCUGUGGUCCAGUUCCAUGCCCUGGGGCCUGUUGCAGAUGGGAUCCAAGGUGGAUUGGCUGCUGUCAUUUAACCAUUUCGCCAUACCUCCAAAAUUUCUCAUGGGAGACUAAAAGGAAAAUAGUAGAAAAAACCAUGAAGACCCUGUUCUCACAAAGCAAACUCUUCAGUUUAUCUGUUUGUUCUCACUUCAUCUCCAUUUCAGGCCUCAUUGUGGCUGGGCUGGGCUCCGUGUUCAACACCAGAGUGCAGCUGACGUCAUGAACAUCAACUUGGCCUCUCUUUGUACCUUUCCAGGUUGUUGCCAGCUCAGAGUUUGCUGGGCCUUUUCCCUUCUCGUAGGAACCUUUCCAUUCCAGGCCUGGGUCUGCAAAACUGAGAGACAAAAACCAGUUGAAUCAUAGAGGGAAACUGAGGCAGGCAUAUUGAGAGAUGGAGUGCCCUGCUACAGAGCCCCAGCGUAUCCCCUUAGCUGGCACACAGCCUGUGACACUCUCCAUCAUCUGGCUCCUUUCAACCUCAUGUUGCCUGCUGGGAAAGCUUUGUGCAAGGUUCUGCUCUGACUGCAAGGAGAAAGCAUGAGUAUUUUAUUUUCUUUUAACAAUGUUUGUUUCCUCAUUUUACCUAAACAAGCCAAGGCACCUGGUUUGCUUACACACAGACUCUGAUGCAAGGAGGGGAGCAGGCUGAAGUGGGUACCUGUGGUCCCUGUUUGAUAACCUGCUUUGAGUGCUCCCAGGAUCUGUUGUGGUAUUCAGAUAGCAGCAAGGGAGCCUUCCAACAGCAAAUCCUUUUUGGCCCUGCUGAAGUCAAUGGCAACUUUUCUUUGUCCUCAGUGAGAUCAAAAUUUCGUUGGACACUUUCACUGGAUCAACACAUUUCAACGAUUCUUGAUUUUUACAUAAUAAAGUCACUGAGCUAUUAGCCAAAAUAUCUAUCUGGUUUUUAUUGGUCAAAAGAAAUAACAUAACUUACAGUACUCAAUAUAAUUUUAAAGUAAUUUACUUUCUUAAGGCAUAGAUAUAAACUAGUAAUAUUUAUCUUGUAACUGGAUGGUCUUGUUACCUCAUGUUUAAUUAUGAAAUAACAAAUAUUGCUGAGGAAUGAAAAAACCCACAUCCCAUUGUUUAUACAGCAGGAUAGUGUGCUAAGAUUGUUUUGUUUAGUAAGUAAAAAUUUAUGUAUACAAUAACAUUUAUGUAUUAAAACUGUAUUUUAAUUACAA